AUGCCUACCCAAAAAGCCGUUGUCGUUACUGAACCCAAGAAGGCAGAUCUUGUCACUGACAGACCUAUCCCUGCUCUCCGGGACGAUUAUCUCCUCGUCAAAAACGUGAGCGUGGGCUUGAACCCAACAGACUGGAAGCAUGUUGCUUUCCUAGCUCCUCCUGGUGUCCUGGUCGGCUGUGACUAUGCUGGUGUUGUGGAAGCCGUCGGAAAAGAUGUCCGCAAGAAAUUCAGCAAGGGCGACCGCGUGGCCGGAUUCGCGCACGGCGGCAACGCGGUGCAGCCAGAAGACGGUGCUUUCGCCGAAUACAUCGUCGCCAAGGGUGAUACUGCAAUCAGAAUCCCCGCCAACCUAAGCUUCCAGGAAGCCGCCACGCUCGGUGUCGGUAUUAGCACUGUCGGCCAGGGCCUCUAUCAAAGCCUGAAGCUAGCACUGCCUACGGAUCCAAUCAAGGAUCAGACUCCUAUUCUCAUCUACGGUGGAUCUACUGCUACUGGUACCCUCGCGAUUCAGUUCGCCAAGUUGUCCGGUUACAAGGUCCUGACGACUUGCUCCAAGCACAACUUCGAUCUAGUCCGCCGGCUCGGCGCGGAUGCCGUCUUUGAUUACAAAGACUCUAACUCCGCUGAUGAAAUCCGGAAGUACACCAACAACAACCUCAAGCUUGUCUUCGAUUGCAUCUCUCUCGAGGCUAGUGCCAAAUUCUGCGACAAUGCUCUAUCCACUGAGGGCGGCGAGUACAGCGCGCUCUUGAACGUGAACAUUGCCCGGCAAAAUGUCAACGACCGUUUUACCCUGGCAUACACUUCCGUCGGCGAGGCGUUCGAGUUUGGCAGUACGCCUAUCCCGGCCAAACCAGAGGACAAGGCUUUCAUGGAGAGCUUCUUGGCUGUUGUCGAGCCGUUGUUGGCCGAUGGCAAGAUCAAAGUUCACCCUCCCAAGGUUGGAAAGGAUGGACUCAAGGGCGUCCUGGAGGGAUUGGAAUUGCUCAAGAUGGACAAGGUUAGCGGAGAGAAGCUGGUCUACAAUGUAGAGGAGACUCCUUGA